AUGGCCAGCAGCAGAGCGCCGCAGCCUCGAAGCACAGCGGAGGCAGAGAACCAGAGGCAGGACACCGCUGUCGGGUUGAUGCUUCAUCUGUGCAAUACCCUCUACUACGUGGUAUGGGAGCGUGGGCACAGCCCAUCUACACCACCCAUCAUCGGACCAACCGUCGAGCAGUGGGAAGCCCAGCUGACAAGCCCGAGCCCUGAAGACCAGCAUCGUCUGGCGAGCAGAGCCAAGCUAUUGGCUGAGGCCCACAACAUUCUUGCAACAGAGACGCCGCCCACCUCGGACGAUUAUUUGCACGCUCCAGCCCCGUCGACCCUAUCUGCAGCUGAGGACACGACGAUAUUUGUCUUUCCCGUGCUGUUGGACAUCGCGGCGGAACCGCCACUGGUGAACCGAACCAGGCUGGCGCUCGACUACCCUAAGGAGUGCACUCCGAAGGCACCUAAAAGCACGGCUGUGCAGGUGUCAGCGCCGGCCAUGGCGUCUGGCUGGACAGGAAGCCGCAGGCUCUUCUUUCGCCUGCGCGCAGAAAGCUAUGUCGCACCCAUCAAGACGUCGCUGCUCAACGGCACCACCGUGCGAGUAACGAUCUGGGCGAACGAGAGCCACGGCCUUCCUUGCCCGCUCAACCAAGCCACUGCGAGCCUCAUCCUCAAUUUCCCCAUCUGUCGGCAAAAACCAGUGUCACGUUUCAAGCGGUCCGUCUACAAGCCUAGAUCUAGGAUACCGGCCACCGACGCGCGGCCGCCGGAGGAGCAGCAUCUCGGCCGGGCGGUAGUGAACCCGAACGGUUGCCAGGUGGUCUCACUCGUCGUCAACAUAUGGUCCUUGGGCUGGCGCGAGUGGGUGCUGGCGCCGCACUCAUUCACUGCGAACAAAUGCUUCGGAAAAUGCCGGUUCCCCACGAUGCAGCUACUUAACAGCACCAACCACUCGACGCUGCUCACCAUGGCCAGCGAUGACCAUCGGAAUUCCAUCAACUACCAAGCGUGCUGCGUGCCCAUCCGCUACGCGUCGCAGAGCGUCCUCUACUUCGACAACUACGGACACGUGGUGCUCAAGGCGUUCGAAAGCAUGCGCGUGGUGGCAUGCGGCUGCCGCUGACAAGCCGCGAUGCGGUUCGACACGAAGCAGUUGGCAAGUGACGAUCGGUCUAAAACGCUAUUGGUUAUGUGUACAUGUCGCGGCGUCGAAGGCGCGCUGUGGCUUUGCGUUAUGCAAGGGGCCAGCACCUCCAAGCCGUUCGCGUGUCUGUGUCAAAAGGUAAAUGCCUCAGCCCGCAAGAGUACAAUUUCCUCUGGGCCUGGCCGGCCUUCUGCAACAAACAUGACGCUACAACGCUCUAGCUAACGACAACUGCCAUUCUCAAUGCAUUUGCAGCGCGCAAAAGCAUCCGUAACUGCUUUCGCAUGUGUCCUUCUUGAUCUUUAUAUUUCCAGUGCGCCGGGAUUAUCGCAGAAGCCGCUCGUUCCUGAGACAGCUUGCAAUCAAGUGCUCGUAAGUUAUGAAUCGGAUCAGUACAAAUAUUCGCUAACUGACUGGUGCCUGCACCCUUGCCAAACGCUCUAACAUUGAAUAAAACCAGUGAAUACGCUGUCCAAUCUGGAAGUUACCACACGUUGUAUGUCAGCAGCUGUAUGCCCCGGUAAUAAUGUGGCCUGCACUGCAUCAACAACGGACUGCACUUUUAAAAUCGCGUAAACUGCUGUAUCCCCCUGCAGUGCUCAUGUGAAUACUGCCAUUGUGACGUGGGAUUUAAAACAACUAAUUAAAUAGCUGUUUAACCAUCUUAAUGGGCUAUAUGGCUUAAUGGCUAUACCUUAUUGUCCGCUGUAGUGAAUGUACGGUGGUCAGAGAGACAAAAUGUGGACAGCUUCUUCAAUGGUUUUUUUUUUUUUGUGGAGACAACAUUGUAUCAGUGUUUGUGAUAAGUAUAGAGUUGGAUAACGGUGCAGGCAGUGGUGUCUUUUAUGUUUUGUGUUAUAGACUAAGCUCAACCGAUCUGUAUGUUUGGACUGUCGAUCGACGUUAGUACGUGCAAUACCGCUCACCAGAGGUUCAACUCAAAAGUAUAUCCCGAAUUUGUGAAGCGGCGUAGAGAGCUGUUGGGUGCUGCUUGGACGCUCCAUUGUGGCAGCCUUGUCUUUAUUUUCACCCUAUUUUUAUCACUAUUUAUUAAUUAAUUAAUUUAUUUAUCGAUGUAGUACAGAGAGAGAUCGACUGGCCAUUUUCUACCCGAUAUCUCUCCAUUGCAGCUUAAUUAUAACAGAAAAGAACAGGUGAUACUGGACAAUAUUUGCAAAAUGGCUUGAAUGAAAAAAAAGAAAAGAAAGGAAAGUGUUGCAGAUUUAUCUGAUGUUUCUUUCUUAGUACUACUUUUUCGUUGCCGCGUUGAAAAGUUCAGUCAUCGCAAUUGCGGCCACUGCGUUGUAACAACCCGUGGAACAUACUUAGUGUUUUUUCAUUGUGCGUAGACUCUUUCAAAUGUAAUAAAAAUGGGUAGAACUUACUUUGCGAGGCCGAAGAGGCAGAUCGAUUUCAUGCAGUUGCAAGGUGCUGUAAAAACUGUUACUAUUAGGACUUGCUUGGCUACUUCUUAUAUUUAGACUAAAUAAGAGUUGAUAUAUCCUUGCGAAGUUGUGUAAUGGUUUUUCACGAUGUAUACCAUGUUCUCUUUUUCAUAUACUAAACGCGUGACUUGCAUAACAAUGUUUCUGUUUUUUUUUUGCAUGUGGAAUGUAUUGCUGCAUCAAUGCCUUAUUCAACCAAACCCUGUGUACUUAGGGAUUCUUCGUUUUCUUCCCCCUGAUUUCGCAUUUCUUAUUUUUUGUGCAUGUGUGAUGUACGAGUGGCUCGCUAUUUAUCGCCAAAGCGUGAGCGCCCGGCUUUGUACACCUUCCGAUUUCUUCGGCAGUUUUCACCACUCGCUUCCGC